GCCCGCCCGCCCGCCAGCCCCGGCGCCGCUGCCUCUCCCGGCUGUCAUGGGCGCCGCGUGCUGGGCAUGGCGCUUGUCCCUGGCCCUCGUCGUCGUCCUCCUCCAGCUGGGCAGGCGGGCCGAAGGCGGCGGGGCGGCAGUGGCAGAUACUGAUGAGUGUACGGAAGGGACAGAUGACUGCCAUAUUGAUGCAAUUUGUCAAAACACUCCAAAGUCCUACAAAUGCAUCUGCAAACCAGGUUAUAAAGGAGAAGGAAAACAAUGUGAAGACAUAGAUGAGUGUGAAAAUGAUUUCUACAACGGAGGUUGUGUGCAUGAAUGUAUCAACAUCCCAGGAAACUACCGGUGCACGUGCUACGAUGGAUUCAUGCUGGCUCAUGAUGGACACAACUGCUUGGAUGUUGAUGAAUGUCUGGAUAACAAUGGUGGCUGCCAACAGAUUUGUGUCAACACUAUGGGGAGUUAUGAAUGCCAAUGCAAAGAAGGUUUUUUCCUGAGCGAUAACCAGCACACCUGUAUUCACCGCUCUAAUGAGGGUAUGAACUGUAUGAACAAAGAUCAUGGGUGUGCACAUAUCUGCCGAGAGACACCAAAAGGUGGGGUUGCCUGUGAAUGUAGGCCUGGCUUUGAACUUGCCAAAAACCAGAAGGACUGCAAAUUAACCUGUAACUAUGGAAAUGGAGGCUGCCAACAUACCUGUGAUGACGCAGAGACUGGUCCUGUGUGUGGCUGUCACCAGAAGUAUGCCCUGCACUCAGAUGGUCGGACAUGCAUCGAAACAUGCGCUGUCAAUAACGGAGGCUGUGACCGUACUUGCAAGGAUACAGCGACUGGAGUUCGCUGCAGUUGCCCGGUUGGAUUUACCCUGCAGUCUGAUGGGAAAACAUGCAAAGAUAUAGAUGAAUGUCUGAUGAACAAAGGCGGCUGUGACCAUUUCUGCCGAAACACGGUGGGCAGUUUUGAAUGCAGCUGUCAGAAAGGCUAUAAACUUUUAACAGAUGAGCGAACCUGCCAAGACAUAGAUGAAUGUUCAUUUGAAAGGACCUGUGACCACAUCUGCAUCAACUACCCAGGAACUUUUGAGUGCCUCUGCCAUAAAGGUUAUACGUUGUAUGGAAUGACACACUGUGGAGAUAUCGAUGAAUGCAGCAUCAACAAUGGGAGCUGUGAAUAUGGGUGCCUGAACACAAUGGGAAAUUAUGAAUGUGUUUGUCCACCUGGGAAGAAAUUACACUGGAAUAAAAAGGAUUGUGUUGAGAUGGUGAAAUGCCUUCCGAACAGCAAGGUGGCUCCAAGCGCUUGGUUGGUGUGCAGCAAAUCUGGAGGACUUGAGAGCUGUUUCUUAUCAUGCCCAUCUAAUGCACUUUUUGUUCCAGAUUCUGAAAACAGUUAUUCAGUGAGCUGUGGCAUACCAGUCCACCAGAGCAAGUCAAGCCAGAAACGAAACAUGACAUUUCCCAGCUGUGCAGACAUAUUGUCCCCACCUAUCAAGCAGAAGGUUCGUUUUAAAAUCAAGGAUGCAAAGUGUCACUUAAAGCCACGUAUCAAAGAAAAAAAUAAAGAUGCUGGGAAGCAGCAGGUAGCUACAGGAGGGCAAUUCCCUUGCACAGACAACUGCCAGGUGACUUUUGUGAACCUCAAGUGUGACUCUUCAAAGAAGAAACGCCGUGGCCGAAAAUCCCCGUCCAAGGAAGUGUCCCAUAUCACCGCUGAGUUUGAAAUGGAGCUGAAGUCUGAGGAAGUCUCAGACACUUGUAAUGUUGAUUGUUUGCGGAAAAAGAUGGAGCAGAAGCUACAAACAGCAAUCAAAACCUUGAGGAAAUCUAUCACCAAGCAGCAAUUUUACAUUGAAUUUUCUGGGACAGAGUAUGAAGUGGCUCAGAAGGCAGCCAAAGUAGUCCCUGAAGGACAUGGACCAUGCAGGACAGGGCAAAUGCAACAGGACGGCAAGUGUGUUACCUGCCGCACGGGCACCUAUUACAGUGGAGAACACGAUCAAUGCAUUCCUUGCUCACCUGGAACUUUCCAGGAGACCGAAGGCCAACUCUCUUGUGAGCCAUGCCCAAGCAGUGAGGGACAGGGAGUGGCCGGUGCACAGCACAUGUCAGAAUGUGGAGGGCAGUGUUCUCCUGGAUAUUUUUCUUCUGAUGGCUUUAAACCUUGUAGACUCUGCCCACUUGGCACAUACCAACCUGAGCCAGGAAGGACCCUCUGUUUUCCUUGUGGUGGAGGACUACUGACAAAAUAUGAAGGUGCAGUGACGUUUCAGGAUUGUGAAACAAAAGUUCAUUGUUCUCCUGGCCACCACUACGAUUCUACGACCCACAGAUGUAUCCGGUGCCCUGUCGGAGCCUACCAACCCGAAUUCGGGCAGAACUACUGCCUCACCUGCCCUGGGAACACCAGUACUGACUUUGAUGGCUCUACUAAUGUUACACACUGUAAAAAUCAGCAGUGUGGAGGGGAACUUGGAGACUACACAGGUUACGUUGAGUCUCCCAACUACCCUGGGGAUUAUCCAGCCAAUGUUGAAUGUACUUGGAACAUCAGCCCACCACCCAAGAGGCGGAUUCUCAUUGUGGUUCCUGAGAUAUUUCUUCCCAUUGAAGAUGAAUGUGGUGACGUCUUAGUAAUGAGGAAAAGCGCUUCACCCACAUCAGUUACCACCUAUGAAACAUGCCAGACUUACGAGAGACCGAUAGCAUUCACCUCCCGUUCACGAAAGUUGUGGAUUCAGUUCAGAUCCAAUGAAGGGAACAGCGGCAAAGGAUUCCAAGUGCCUUAUGUGACUUAUGAUGAAGAUUAUCAACAGUUAAUAGAGGACAUUGUUCGAGACGGUCGAUUAUAUGCAUCGGAAAAUCAUCAAGAAAUUUUAAAAGACAAGAAACUGAUUAAAGCGCUUUUUGAUGUCUUGGCACAUCCACAAAACUAUUUCAAGUACACUGCUCAAGAAUCAAAGGAAAUGUUUCCAAGAUCAUUUAUAAAGUUAUUGCGAUCAAAAGUUUCUAGAUUUCUACGUCCAUACAAGUAGUUUUCCUCAUGCUUUAAAAUUUUUUUAUUGUUCUUUGCAUUCCUUUCAAAUAUUGUAUGAACUCUGACAGUAGAAAAAUUUUGCUAAUUUGGAGGCUCUUCUGCGGUCUUUAUUUUAAAUUGUUAUUUUGAAGAAUAACUGUAAUGUUUGAUGAUCUAAAGUAUGCUGAAUGAGAUUUUUUUUAUAUCAGAGAAAAAUAAUUUUGGAUUCCAGAGUUCGUCUAGAUUAUGAUCCAAAUUUGUGUCAGCACUAGUUUUUCUUCAGUUUAUCAUUAGAAAGCAUUCAUUUUAGAAAAUGUAUUUUCUUAAACUUCUCUAAGGUAGGAAAGAUUUUCUUCUAAGCAAAGAAGAAAGCUAUUAAUUAUGGUCAAAGAAACUACCUGCAAAGAAGAGUGAAGACAGAAGGGAGCGCAUAGUAUAAAUAAUGUUUGGAUUUUGAAUUGCACUUGAAUAUGUGAGAUUUUAUGUGGAAAACCUAAAUUUCAUUGUUUCCCAUUGAUAUUUUUGUGGAGACAUUGUUCUAGGCAUAAACCAAAAGAAGGGAGGGAGGAAUAGGGAUAAUUAUAAUAAACAUACCUAUUUUACUAGGUAUUUAAUUCUUUUGUUUAAUGGUUUAGGCAAGAUCUAAUUCCAUGGUCUAAUAUUUUAUCCAUCCUGCUAUAACAUUAUUCAAAAUUCUCAUAGUUUAUAAUUCUACAAGUACAAUGAGGGAACUAUAGACAGUUUUGGUUUUUCUAAUAAUUGUUAAAUAAGAUAGAAGAGAUUCAAAGAAAAAAAAGAGUAAUCAGUUUUCUUGCCUUGGUGAAAUAUCUUAAAAAGUACAAUGUAUAAAUAUACAGGUGUAUGAUUCUAUUUGUGGAAAUAUUCCUAUUAUCUCUGUAGUUAAUAUAAAUACCAUUCAGCUCAUACUGUCUUUUCUAAGACAGAAGCCAUGGUCCAGAGCUCUGUUUGUACGGGGUGGGGGAGUAGAUCUGUGCUUGCUUUGGGAAACGGGGGUUAUCCUCAGAGCUUUUUUCUCCCACAACCAGAAAUGUUCUGUUUGCAAACUCACUUCUUCUUUACUGGAUUGCUACAUCACUUUACAAUUGUAACUUCUAUUUAUCCCACACUUGUAGUAAAUUGAAAUUGUGUGAUAAAAGAUUGGUAUUUGGGGUGCAAAAUGCUGGGGGUUUUGAUGGUGAUAGAAAAUAGAUCAAAUAAUUGUUUUCUUAUUUCUAUGUGUUUUUGAUGUGCUGAGUACAAAUUAAUUGGUUGGCUCU